CUUUUAACCUCCUCGGCCGCGUUUCCUCUUCUUCUUCUUCUUCCUCCCUUCUUCUGUACCUCUUCUUCCUCUUCUAUUCAUCACCUCUUCACCACCAUGAAGUUCUCGCUCUCUCUCGUCGCGCUCGUCGCCUCUGCCCUCUCCGUCUCCGCCCUCAACACCAUCGAGGUCAAGGGAAAUGCCUUCUUUGACUCUGAGACCGGUGACCGCUUCUACAUCAGAGGCGUCGACUACCAAAUCCCCGACGCCAACGGAGACACCGCCGACCCGCUCGCCGACUACGACGUCUGCUCCCGCGACAUCCCCUACAUCAAGGCCCUCGGCAUGAACACCAUCCGCGUCUACCACGUCGACAACUCCGCAGACCACUCCGACUGCAUGCAGCUCCUCGCCGACAACGACAUCUACCUCAUCCUCGACGUCGCCAACCAGGACCAGUCUAUCUCCCGUGACUACCCCUACUACUCCUACAACUACAUCCUCGCCCAGCACAACUUCGCCACCAUCGACGUCUUCCAGAACUACACCAACCUCCUCGGCUUCAUCGCCGCCAACGAGGUCGUCAACGACGUCAACACCACCAAGGCUGCUACCGUCCUCAAGGCCGUCAUCCGCGACAUGCGCGCCUACAUCAAGGCACGCGACUACCGCUCCAUCCCCGUCGGCUAUGCUGCCGCUGACGUCGAGGAGAACCGUUACCAGCUCGCCCACUACCUCAACUGCGGUGAGGAGGACACCCGUGCUGAGUUCUUCGCCAUCAACGACUACUCCUGGUGCGGAGACUCUUCCUACACUGUCUCCGGCUACAGCACCAAGGUCAAGAACUUCUCCAACUACUCCCUCCCGCUCUUCUUCUCCGAGUACGGCUGCAACCUCGUCGAGCCCCGUCCCUUCUCUGAGGUCGAGUCCAUCUACUCUGAGGAAAUGACCGCCGUCUUCUCCGGUGGCUUGGUCUACGAGUACGUCCAGGAGGCCAACGACUACGGUCUCGUCAACGUCACCGCCGGCUCCGACGAGGUGACCAUCCUCACCGACUACAACAACCUCGCGUCCAUGCUCAACUCGACCUCCAACCCCUCCGGCGACGGCGGCUACACCACCGACAACGAGGCCUCCGAGUGCCCGGCCUACGUCAAAGGUCUCUGGGAAGCCAACAACACCCUCCCCGCUCUCCCCUCCGAGGCGUCGGCCUACAUGACCGACGGUGCCGGUGACCCUCUCGGCCCCGACGGUCCUUCCAACCAGUGGACUCCCUCGGACUCGUCCUACGGCGACGCCACCCUCUCCGUCUCCGGCUCGGUCUCCCAGGCCACCGCGACCCUCAGCACCUCCUCCGGUGUCUCCUCCUCCGCCGUCGGCUCGUCUGCCUCCGCGACCUCCACCGACGGCUCGUCCUCGUCCUCGUCCUCGUCUUCCUCGUCUGCUUCCUCCGCCACUUCCUCGGCCGCAGAGUCCUCCUCCGCUGCCAUCGCUGACUUCAACCGCGCCCAGUCCGCCGUCAACUUUGCCGUCCCUGCUGCGGUCGUCGUUGUCUGCUUUGGUUUCGGUCUCGUUGCCUUUUAGACACCCUCUACUUUUAUAUUUUUUCUUUUCUUUUUCUUUUGAAGAUUGCUGUAUUGUUAUUCUCUCCAAUGUACAAAACUUGAUUGUACAGUCAGUGUACUAUCAACCUUUUUUGUUAUUCUCUAAUUGAAAUACCUUUUUUAUUCCUCUUUUUGUCUGUUGCCAAAAUAGAACCCUGCCCCAUACUCAUCGCCGUUCUAAAC